GAGCCGCGAGAGACCUAUUUAUGGAGACAAGAGGAUUUAUAACAUGUCACAAGAAUUGGAAAAAGCAUUUAUAUUUACCUCAGAGGUCCUGUUUGCUGGAGGUAUAUUGUAUGGUUCGCAAAUAUUACACGGUGGUUUAGAGAAGGGUGCUGCUGUUGUCGCUCGCUACAUAAUAUACCUGCUGCUGAUGCGAGGUGCUCGGGAGACGCUCACCAUCAUCUACAGAUGGAGGCAGCGACCACCCAAGUAUACCGAGGUAUACCUCAGGAAUAAACCGUACUUCGCGUUGUUCGCGCUCGCUGCCGGCGUGUGUGCACUGAGCAACAAGGUGGAUAGCUUGACGGAGGAAUUUGUGUUCCUACUCCUAGCUACGCUUGCUAUUCGGUAUAUUGAUAUGCACCAAACCGGCCACAUCACCUACGGUGUAGGUAUGGCAUGCAGCUUCAUGGAAGGCUACCUAGAGCAUGUCUUGCCCAGCAAUGGGGCUGACUUCGUGGGCAUAGAGGAAAAUAUCAGGAGGUAUGAGAGCAGACACGGCGUAGUUUUUCCCGUAAAGGGGUUGAUACUGGUUAUCACCAGGUCGCUGUACUGUCCUCCUGACCUGAAGGAGUUUAAUAAGAGUGACCCGAAGAUGGCUUAUAUGGAAGCUUGUGAGUCCCUCGGCGAAGUAGAGAAAGACGUGGCCGGCGUGAAGAGGCGUGUCUACCGCAACUCCGUGUACAAGAUACACCGCGGGAGCGCCGGGGGGCGGCCGGUGUACGUGACGGCGGAGUGCGCUACGCCACUGCACACGCUGUACCGUGUGCUACAGAAGCGGGCGGUGUAUGAAGAUCUGCUGAAGUCCAUCAGCCCUCACGAGAUCAGCUCGGAGUUCUGCGAAGCGCUGCGGUCCAUCGUCGCGCGCUCGCCCGCCCGGGGACGAUGCCACCUGGUCUACAUAGACGAUACUGACCCAACACAAAACCUAGCUGAUGUCCUGCUUGAGGCUAUUAGAAGAAUAGAACUUAAUUUCAAUGUGUCCCCCCAAACAAGGAGGGAUGUUGAAUAUGAAGAUCUUUAAGCCUUGCUCAUAUUAUAAAAAAAUAAUCUAUGAAAAAUGAGUACAAUGUUUUGUGCCUGUCGGCUGUCAGUCAAGGGAAUUUAAAACAUAUCAGAUACAAAUUAAACAUUGUAUAGUCUGGCAUAAAAGUGAAGAAAUAAAAAAGUGGCAACAUCGUA